AUGGUCCGAGAAAUAGACCCACCAACAAUCCAAAAAGAUUUCUUACUCGCAGCAUUAGCAGAGGGAAAACGUUUAGAUGGUAGAAUACCUCUCGAACAACGUAAAGUCGAAUACAUUUUCGGAGAGGAACUGGGUACUGUAGAAUGCAGACUUGGUAAAACUGCCGUACUGGCACAAGUGUCAGCAAGUAUAGUGAAACCAAGAGAUGAUAGACCUUAUGAAGGUUUCUUAUUAAUUAACUCGGAGAUCGGUCCUAUGGCUAGUAGUGUGUAUGAAUCUGGACGAUCAAGCGAUUCGGAGAUCCUCAUAACGCGAUUAUUGGAGAAAUCCAUUCGAAGGACCGAGGCGAUUGAUAGAGAAGCUUUAUGUAUUCUAGCAGGAGAAAAAGUCUGGCAGUUAAGAUUGACGCUACAUUUCUUAAGUGAUAGUGGAAAUUUGUUAGAUUGUGCAAGUAUGGCUUCAAUGGCUGCUUUAAGACAUUUCAGAAAACCUGAAGUCGAAGUUAUAGGUGAUGAAGUCAUCAUUCAUUCUCCUGAAGAAAGAGCUCCCGUGCCGUUGGCGAUACAUCAUACACCGUUAUGUUUGACUUUUGCGUACUUUGAGAAUCUCCCUCCAAUCCUUGAUCCUACACACCUCGAAACGACUCUCUGCUCUGGAACUCUUACAGUGACAAUGAAUGCUCAAAGAGAGAUUUGCGUAUUAUCGAAAGCAGGAGGAACACCUUUAGCAGCAGAAGAGAUCAUGGGUGUAGUGACAGUUGGCGUUGAAAGAGUCAGGGAAAUGGUUAAAGGGAUUGAGGAAGCUUUGGAUACAGAUAAAGAGGGAAGAGUGGUCGAAGUUCGUUAA